AAUCCCAUUAUUAUUAAUGCCAUGCCCCAGUAUGGCGGGGCUCUCAUCGGCGCGAUCGUUUCCGCAGCAUUAUGGGGUAUCUCCUGCAUGCAAAUGUUCAUGUAUUUUUUGAACUACGACUCCGAUCGUUGGUCCCUCAAGCUCUUGGUCGUUUAUGUCUGGGUAGCUGACACUGUGGUGGAGAUUCUUGGAUUUGUAGGCCUAUUCGACCAGCUUAUCACUCGCUGGGGUUCUAUCAUCAGAUUUGAUACCCUCAUGAUAGGUUUGGUGGUUCGGGCCGCUCUGGCACCAUUAAUCUCGACUCCCGUACAAAUGUUCUUCCUCUAUAGGAUCCAUCGAUUUUCUCAGAGCCGGGAGUGGACCAUGCACGCUGCUAUGGUAUUUAUGGCUAUGUUGUCCAUCUUGCAGCUGCCUCUGAUUACAGGAGUGUGGACUGCAUGGGUCUUAAAAUCAAGAGAAGGUGUUGCAUCGACUCUGGCCUCGCACAGAAUAGUUACCAUUGAGAUCAUAUGUCGGGCUAUCCCCGCCUUUGUCGACAUCUUCAUCGCUCUGUGGAUGACAACUCUACUCUGGCGCAGUAAGGAGCGGGCGCGAGUCUUUAGGAGAUCGAAUCGGCUCAUACUGCGCUUAAUGUUAUUGACAAUCAAUGCCGGUAUCUGGACAGCCGUCCUUUCAAUCAUCGAUCUGAGCUUGAUCGCGUGGAAUCCCGGUAAACUCAUAUUCGACGCCUUCGACUUUCCGAUUACUCCACUCUACCUCAAUAUGCUCCUUGCCAGCCUGAAUGCAAGGCGGUUCCUUAGGAGAGAUGCGGGGAGCAUCGGGGAAGUAAGGGUUGAGACUCUGGAGUUAGAUACGAGAAGACGGCAAUCUACGGGCCUCGCUCUGCAGCGGUCGAGCGACAGCGCCGCGCUCGGUGGAGGCAAGAAUCCUGUUCUUGCCGUCCGCAUAGAUAAAUCUAUGACUACAUACAGCGACGAUGAUCUGGAACGUGAUGCCGGAAAUUAGCUUCAGGGCUUCUAUAGGCUAUGAUUACUUUCAUUAUUGUGUUGGAUACCUCAUGUGAUGCUUUU